GGUAGGUUGCUUAGGUAAACAAUCGGUCAAUUCAAGGCGAAAAUUCAUCAUUUUCUUUCGGUGUUACAGGCCUAAAUAUGGCUAAGUCGGUGACCUGGUUCGAAACCAAUCAAGCUUGGAACCCGUACUGGCGAAAUAUACCUCCAAAUGUACCAACAUAUGUCCAGGUUCCAAUCACAUGUUGCAGUGAAAAGCCUGAAAAAUAUACUGCUCCAAUUCCUGGGACAAGGGAAUCAUAUCUACACUGGACAGACAAAUGGUACGAUAGGGAGAUCCCAACGCUAAGAAGAGAGGAGCUUCCUAAGAUCCAUCCAUCAGAGCCAUGCAGCCAACCAUGGCAGUUCCAGAGCGGCACAGCAGCUGUUCCCAAGUGGAGCAAGAAAGGGAAGGACUGGCCCAGCCGGCCCGAUCAGUACUAUCGCCGAGGGGAUACAUGUGGGGAAACUACAAGAGCUAGAGCCAUGUACAGACUUUCAACCACAGAAAGCAACCCUAACUUAUAUCCCUUCACAAAUUAUAUGACGUCAACCUACAGGAAACCUGUCUGGUCAAAGUACGGACCCAUGUUGAAACAUGAGGUGUAUGGUGUGAAAGGACAGCACAAUAGACAUGGAUUCAUGGGCUUUGAUGACUACUAUUAGAAGAUGCAUUGACGCUUGGCUAACCACCAUGAGAAAUUCCAUUCUCUGUACCCAGUACCCAGUGUUCCAUAUUGUACUGCAGUUACCAUUGUCCAGCAGCACCAUUUUUAUAGAAAACUCUGGGUGGCUACAAUUGUGAUAGUGCCUGUAAUUGGUUUGGUUGUUGGGUGGUUGUUUGAAGCAUACCUUUAUGAGAUUUGGAUCUUAUUUCAGAUAAAAACUUAUUCUGGAUCAAUCAGAUUGGGAUCUUGUGGAAUAUAGGAAUAAUAUCAUGAGUUUUAACUUAGUUGUGUAGCCAUCAUGUCAAUUUAAACUGUCCUUGCAUAAGGAAUACCCUGUCUCUCAUCCUGAAAUUGGAAACAUCAGGUUAACAGAAUCAUUUGUGUAAAUAAUGUGUAAAUUGCUUGUAUGGUAAAAAUCGUUAUUGUAAAUCAGUGUUUUUUGCCAUGAAAUUAUGUCUUAAGUUAUUCCAAUAAACAUGAUUGA